ACGGGGGAGCAUGAUGUACUCGACUCCACCGUCCACAGCCCUCGCGUACUAGGAUGGCUGACGUUGUUCCCUCAUCUCGCUCCCUUCCCGAAACCCGCCCAGAUUGUUCAAACACCCUGUACGCGGUGAAUCCACUCGAAAGCCCCCCCGAGGGGCACUGUCAAGUGUUCGCGCUGUGUGCGUGUCUAACCUAUAAAACGCGUGUCUGCGCAGCACGGUUGGCAAACAGUCUACAAAUGGCUACCAAGCAGAUCCCGUGGACUAUUGUCGGUCUGUUCCUAAUCUGCCUUCCAGCGGUGAUUAAUGCCAAGAUCUAUACGAAAUGUGAACUCGCCAAACAACUGACCGCAAAUGGGAUUAGCCGAACGUAUCAGGGACACUGGGUCUGUUUGGCUAUUGCCGUCAGUGGGUUGGACUCGGCGAAGACUACAACGCUGCCUAAUCAAACCGCUAGCUACGGGAUCUUUCAAAUCAACAGCAAGGAAUGGUGCCGCGUAGGCUACAAAGGUGGCAAAUGUAACAUGAAAUGUGAAGAUCUAGUUACGGACAACAUAACCAACGCAAUCAAAUGCUCCAAAAUAAUCCAACAACAGAACGGCUUUAACGAGUGGGUCAUGUGGCAGAAGAAGUGCAAGGGUAAAGAUCUUCCGGACAUUACAAAUUGUGGAGCAAUUGGAUAAAUGUUAGGGACACCCUAGUAUUGCGAUUUCAAGAACAAAUGGUAACCUUCUAGCAUUUGCAUACAGUACUUC